GGGAGCCAUCGGUUAUUCGACACCUCCGCUAUAGGGUUCAUUCUCUUUUUCCAGAUCCCUCUAUCGCGUCUUAUCACAUCCGAGAGCGGUGUUUGACUCGCAAUCUGACCCCAACUCGCUCCGUUCAUUACAACAAAACCUCUACCGGGGAGUGGUGACCCUGGACAACACUACUUGCCAUCAUGUCACUCUUUCAUAUCUUGGCGCUGCUGGUAGCCAGUCUUAGUCUGGUAACCGCUCAGACUUUCACCAACUGUAACCCUCUCAACGAGACAUGUCCCGCAGACGCAGCUUUAGGUACCAACCACACCUGGUAUUUCAACACCACCGUCGAUGACACGAUCUGGAAUGUCACCAACGGCAAUAUUGGCAUCACGGAUGAGGGUGCGGAAUUUUCUAUCGCCCAAAAGAUGGAUUCGCCCACCAUGCAAUCUAAUUUCUUCAUCUUCUUUGGCAUUGUCGAGUCCCACGUUAAAAUGGCCAAGGGUGGUGGCGUAGUGAGCAGUGUAGUGCUCCAAUCGGAUGACUUGGACGAGAUUGACUGGGAGUGGGUGGGAUACAACACCAGUGAGGUACAAUCCAACUAUUUCGGCAAGGGUAACGACACAUCUUUCGACCGGGGUGGCUUCCACUACGUUCCUAACGCCGACACGGAAUUCCACAACUAUACCACCUACUGGACGAGUGAAAAAGUCGAGUGGUGGAUUGACCAGCAAUUGGUACGCACACUGAAGUAUGAAGAUGCUGUGGGCGGCAAGAACUUCCCCCAGACCCCCAGCAACAUUCGCUUUGGAAUUUGGCCUGCCGGCGAUCCCAGUCAGCCUCACGGUACCAUUGUAUGGGCGGGUGGUGAAAUUGAUUACUCGGCUGGCCCGUACACCAUGGUAGUUCAAAAGGUUCGCGUGCAUGAUUUCCAUACCGGCAAGGAGUAUUCAUACUCGGACCAUUCCGGGUCUUGGGAGAGCAUCAAGGUCGUUUCGGGUAAUUCAACCACCGUGGAGCAGCUCAACAAGCCUCCUCCGAAAUCACUUUCUGAGAGAUGGAACGAGCUACCAAGUGGCGCAAAGGCUGGCAUUGGCAUUGGCAUAGCAGCUGUUGGAGCUAGUUGUCUUGCCGGUUUCAUCUUCUUCUGUUUGAAGCAGCGCAAGAGGGGCCGUCUCGAACAUGCCCUGAACGAUGCCCAGUGGAAUUCCGAAAGGACGGAAAUGAACAACUUCCAAGCCGAGUGGAAACAAAGCGAAUGGAAACAUAAGGGCUACCAGCCAGUCUCCUAGCUGGCUGAAGUAUCCAAAUUUAAAAGACCUUAGUGUCCAUGACGAAAACGAUGACUCCAACCUUUGUUCCAGGGGUGCCUUCGUGCCUCUUUCCGUGGGGAUUCGUAUUUUGUUUCUCCAUGCCCAUCAUACCAACGCGGCGAGCAAUAUAUACCAGCGCCUGCUUUGCUGGCCAAGGUCGCGCUGGAGUUGUUCUUGAAUCACUUUGAGUGAGCACCUCGAUGGAGUGAGAGGCGCACCAUCCUAUUUUUCCACAUUUAUUCUUGAUCUUGUUUAUAUUGUUCCUACCCUUUUCUCCAGUCCU